AUGGCGGAGGAUAUUGGUUUUGAGCCAGUGUUCGAGGAUUUCGAAAAGGAGAACAAGAAAAAGAAGAAGAAAGUUAAAGCUGUCGAAACUGAAGAACAACCGACGGAAAACAUUCCGAAGAAGGGUAAAAAAGCGAAAAAGGCUGAUAAAAAGUUAGAGGUGAGUUGUUGAUACGCUCUUUUUGUUUUUUAAUGGCGCAUAUUUAGAAAAAUAGUGAGUCUGGCGAUGUUGCGAAAUCUACGGAAGAAGGACCGAAGAAAAAGGGGAAAAAGCGCAAGACAGCAAGUGGAGAAGAAGUAACGCGAGAAUUUCAUAUCUGUAAGAUCAUAAAAAUUGAUUCGAAUUUCUAGAAAGACGGAGCAACGCCGGCCAAAGUCCCCGCCUUGUCUACAGACCCAGGGACAAGUGAAUCGACUGCUUUGAAGGAGAAUAUGGGUAUUUCUCCCAUAUCCAUUAAAAUUCAAAAUAAAAUUUGUUCAGAAAGGAAAAAGGAGAAGAAAAAGACUUGGAAAAUGAAGCAGAGCAUGGAUUACUUGAGUGAGAAGCACAGUAAAUUGCUCGAAACUUUGGCCGAGAAGAGCAGUUUCGACGAGGUUUCUUCUGAUUUUUCGGUUGAUAUUUAUAAAAUUUAUUAUUUCAAGGCUACAAAAGGGGUGACGGAAGCGGUUGCCGCAGGAUCUGUCAAGAAGAACGAAAGUGACGCGCUUGUAUCGCUUUUUAAAGCGGAAGUUUGCUCAAAAAGGUUGGAGAAAUUGCCAAAAAAUUUUUAAAAAGUGACAGAAGGAUCUUUUUUUAGAAAGGUGUCGAAAAUGAGCUUGUUAGACUUUUUCUGAGAGUUGUUCAGGAAAAAAAAUUCUCCAUUUAGGAUCUUGUAUAGCAUUUUAAUUCGAUGAAAACUAUUGCUCCAAAACAAAAUUUUACUGUUUCAAGGCAACUUUGGCGCGUCAAUGAACACUGUUUUGCUUUCUAAAUCAUCUCGAACCUCGGUCAAGCGAACUGAACUCUCUGAAUAUUCCUAGUGAUCAUUUAAGGGUGCUGACGCUGCUUACAUGGGAAGCCAUUUUAGCGCUGGGUCCAGAAUUUUCUAUAAAUUCUCUAAAAAAAAUCUUAAAUGGACUGGGAAUUGAUCCCACAUAGUCGCUACCUGCGCGAAAUUCUAGUUUUGGAGGUAUAAUUUUUCAAACCUACAUCCUAAACCAAGUGACGCCUUUUGGAAGGAAUCUGUGCGCGCCACCAACCAGUGCAUGGAAGCUAGUAGCGUGGUGCAGUGGCUAGCGCGGUAGCCUGCGAAGCAUAUGAUGAAAGUUCGAAUCCUUUUGCCGUCAACUUUUUUUGCCAUUUUUUUCAAGAGUUCUGAGAGUAUUGAAGCUUUAUGAGCACGCUAAAAUGGCCUUCCAUGAAAAGGGCCUAGAAAUGAUCGCUCCGUGUAAAAACCAUCAGACUUUGCAGAGGAAUUUUUAGAAGUAAUUGAAAAUUUUGAAGGCCCGACAAGAUUACGUGGCGAAGCUCGUUGGAGAGGAAGAAUCUCUAGAUGUGCUCAAGGUGAGGGAAAACCUGGAAUUUUUGAAAUUAUCCCAUGUAUUUUCAGAAAAAGCUCGACAGUUUGGUCGGAAAACACAAAAUCACACGGUUCGAGGCGGUGAACGUCGUCAAAAAGUGGAAAAUUCGCGAACAGCGGCGUCUGAGAAGAAUACACGACAAGCAGACGUCCGUUCCGAUUCAUUUUUCCAAGAAAACCAUCGAAAUUUUCUCAGCGGUGCGGUCUGUUUCCAUUGUCGUGAGCCGGGCCACGUUCUGGCCGAUUGCGAGAAAAAGAAGGCGUCGACCGCCGAGGGAAUCUGCUUCAAAUGCGGAUCCACCGAGCACAACAUCUACAGCUGUCCCAAGAAGAAUCAGAAAGGUGAUUUUUGGAAGGAAAAAAAUGUUUUUCUAGUCUCAAAAAUUUUUUUGUUAUUCAAUUUUUUUCAAUUAGAUUUCAGUACACGUUUAGUCAACUCUUUUAAUGUCGAGACCUACAAGAUCUUCAGAGUGAUCCCUAUAGGAGCAACCUAUAGGGGCUGGGUUCCCUCUAACUCCUAUGAGGUUGACUUUAAAAUUCCUAAGUAAAUUAAAUUUUUCACAGGUUUUUAACAACCUCAUCAUUUCUUUUUCAGAAAUUUAGUUCUAUUUCUUUCGAAGUACACUUCAAUUAGCUUUCUUCAUGUUUUUCUCCUUUUCACUUUUUUUAUACAUAUACUGCCUUUCUUUUUUAUCUAGCAUUCCAUGAUAUUUUCUUGAAAUUCCACAAAUCUUCGAUUUUUCUAAAAAUUAGUUCUGCACGACGAGAAGUUAUCGAUAGACAACACCUAAAUUUUUCACGAAAUACUAGCUCUUCUAGGUUCUAUUUACCAACUUUGUCCGAAAAACUUCAAAAUAUGUUAUCUUUCGAUUUUCUGAGGUGUUUUCAUCAGUCAGUUCUCUUUAGCAAUUUUUUUUUCUCUAGAUGUUCUGGGAUUUUUUUUUUGAACAUAGCUUAUCUUACGAGAAUAUUUAUUAUAAAGUAUUUGGAAUUUCUUAUAAAUACUUGAAACUCCAGGUGAAAAUGAGGUCUUUCAUAGUCGGUACCUGCUGAAAAUUCUCGUUUUGAUUCAUUUUCAAAAUUAAGCUUGAAAGCGAUUUUUUUUCAAGCGUAAGUUUGAGAAAUUAUCUCUUCAAGGCUAGAUGACUACCAAAGAUCUUAGACUAGACAUUCGAACAGCAUUUUUAGCAAGUUUAGUUUGUAAAUUUAAAUUUGGAAAUUUCGAAACUGGGUCUAUUUUUAAUAGAAAUUCUCAAAUUUACACUAAAUAACUUUUUUUAGUCAGGGUACUGUCUUCUCUUCAACCCAAAGUAACUCAAAUCUUUGCAUUUACUCAAGCCCUGAAUGUCUUUCUCCCGCGAUCCUCCUCAAAAUCGUUCACCUUCCCGACCCCGUAACGUACUAUACUCAGGGCCCCCAAUCAAUUAGUCCACUUCUCUUUCUCUCCGCGCGAUGAAUUUGUUACCCACAAAUGGGUGUGACGCCACGAUGAAUAUCUCCGCUCAAAAUUGAUUCUUUCUUCCAAUUUUCACACAACGAAGAAGGAAUUUUGGCCCUUUUUUGGGGGUAGGAACACGCACGCACCUGACUUUCUUCUUGUUAUUCAUGAGGGGGGAAAGUGAUAGGAGAAGCUGGUCUUUGGGAGAUGUCAGAAGCGAGUUUUUCGGGUGGCAUCGUUGUCGUGGCGGAUUAGGAGGCCCUGUGUUCGAUAUGCGCGCCGAUUUUUUGCCUCCCUUCCUACAAGCGAUUGUGGCAUGAUUGCGUGAUUCUUCGCAUCAUCGUUAGGUGCCUGGAUAUGUGGCAAUUGAUACGGUUUUCUUCUUUUUUCGAAGGGAAGCUAUUGAAUCGGAAUGUGGGAACGUGUCGGAGGGAACUUGAAAAGCUCAAAUUAUUUUUUUGAAAAUCGAAAAAGAUGUACUGGACUUUCAUUACAGUGAACUUGUGAACUUGCUGUCCAAAAAAAGGCAAUUUAUUAAGUUUUUUUCAGAAAAAAACUGUUCCUCAUUGUCUAUGGGUUCAGAAACUUAUGGGUUCAGUUUGGGUUCAGGAAUUUUUUUAUUUAUGGGUUUUAUAGGUUCAGAAACUCGAAAGAACGUUCAAAAUAAAUUUUUGAAUGGACUGAAAUUCCAAAAAAAUAAAAUAAUUCAAACUUAAAUUUUUCCGUUCAAUAGACCCACUCCAUUACCUUUUUUAAAAAAUGACGAGUUUUUCCUAGGAAUUUUCUAGAUUGACCAUUUAUAGGCUUUGAAACUGAAGAAAGGGAAAUUUUUAAUUGAAAUCUUCUAAACUCAAAAAAGGUGUUAUUUUGAAUAUCUAGUAAACUUCAAAUCAAGUAUUUUGUUCAAAAUUCUGUUAAACAAGACAUUUUUCUGAUUUUUCAUGAACGUCAAUAUAAAUUGGAAUCGAUUUUUUUAUCGAUUUCUUUUAAAAUUAAUUUUCUAGUUAUUCGACUCUGAAAUCAACAUCCAAGAAGCCAAUUCAAAAUUUUAAAUGACCUACGAAAAAUAAUAAGGUCCCCCGAUUGAAUCUCCCAGUUGAAGCGUAAAUAAUUCCCAAGCAUUUCAAUUCAUUCGCAGGUGGUCAAAUCGAAAAAUUACAGGCUUCCCCUACGCGACAUGCUUUGUGUGCAAGGCGAUGGGACAUUUGUCGCGCGAUUGCCAUCAAAAUGCCAAUGGGAUCUAUCCGCAAGGUUCGUUUCCAUCGGGAAUGGCUGUUUUGAAGAAGAUUGAAGGUGUUUGAGAGAAGAAAUUUUUGUAGAUUCCUGGUUUUUUAAUGAAAAAGUACACCUUGGAAAAAAUGAAAAUUCUUCAAACUCGGGCAAAGUCGGAAUGGUGGAUAAUGGUCGCUGAAAGAGAGAGGCUCAAAAAAGGCCGCAGAAAGGCAGCAAAAAAGGUCCCUUCAUGGAGCCUUCCAUUUUUGUUUUUGAGAUUUUAAAGGCUUAAGAAAUGGUGAAAGAAGGGAGAGGCAGCAAAAAUGGUUCAAAACAACCUAUAAAAUGGCGCAAAAAGGCAGCAAAAAAGGAAUAUUUUUAUGAAGCCUUUUUCCUCCCUUUCCGACUUUUCCUAUGAAGUUUGAAGAGUCUUAGGAUCUUGAAUCAAAAUGAAACUUUUUUCUGAGAAGUACGGUAGUUUCUUGAGAUCAGAUUUACACAAGUUCCUGAAAAUUUUACACAGGACUGGCUCCGCCCCCUUUUACGGUAGUGAAAAUAUUGAAAAAAAUUCGAAAAUUACAUGAAAAGUCAAAAGACAGGGAAUUUUUUUAAAUGAUUAAAAAAAUAUGAAGUUGAGUUUUUGAGAAUCUCCAUCUUCACAGUUCUUGGGAAAACCUUCACUAACUUCUAAAAGCAGAAUAAGAUAAAAUUGGCAAAGUCGGAAAGGGUGGAAAAGGCUCCUUUUUUGCUGCCUUUUUGCGCCUUUUUAUUGGCUAUUAUGCACCAUUUUUGCUGCCUCUCCCUUUUCCACCAUUUCUUGAGCCUUCAAGAUUCCAGAAAAAUGGAAGGCUCCAUAAAGGGACUCUUUUUGCUGCCUUUCUGAAGCCUUUUUGCUGCCUUUUUGCCGCCUUUUUUGAGCCUCUCCUUUUUAGCGACCAUCAUCCACCAUUCCGACUUUGCCCGAGUAUCUUUUAUUUUUGAGAAGCAGCUAAAUAAUUUCCGAUCAGAUCACUUUGAGUCAAACUAAUGAGAAUUGAUCUAUAGCUUCCUUGUCAAACCAAUUAGAAUCGUCUUCCAAUUAGCACCUUGAAAAAAAAGGCUGUAAUUCGCUCAGGCGGAAGCUGCAACGUGUGCGGAUCGAAGCAACACCUGAAACGCGAUUGUCCCGAACUGGCGGCGCAGAAAUGGCAAGGCUUUGGCGGCCGUGAGAAACGUUCGUUUCAGUUUUCCAUGUUUUGCAAUUGUGCGGGAGGCGUAAUCCUUCCCACCCAAAAAGGCGAAGAAAUAGAGUGAGAGAUCGGGAGAUUGAGAGAGAGACUGUUGGCAGGGUUCGUCGGCCGAGUCAACACCUGGACAGGUUCCGCCGACGCCGACUACGACCCCACGGACGAGGACGGCGGUCAGCGACGGCCUGAAGUCGUCAAAAAGUCCAAACACAUCAAAUUCUGA